AUGGCAAGAAGGUCAAAACCCGUAAUGCCAGAGGACGAUGAAGUCGACGACUUUCAUAAUAACCAAGAGAAGAUUUUGUUAGAACAGGCUGGUGAAUAUGGAGUCACAGCUGACCAUGAAGAAGACGAAGAUGAAGAAGUUUUAGGAUUUAAUGAGGAAGAUGAGGAAGAUGAGCAAGAUCAAGAUAUGGAUAGUGAGGAUUUCGACGAAGAGGAAGAUGACGAAGAAGAAGAAGAAAUUGAAGGGUGGGGUGGCAGAAAGAAUUACUAUGGUGGUGAUGAAGUAGAAGAUGCCGUUUCAGCUAAGCAAAUGACAGAAGAAGCUAUAAGGCAACAAAAGGAAAACUUACAAGAGCUUGGAAUGGAUGAUUAUGUCGAUGAAGACUUGAUGGAAGAUUGGAGUAAGAAAGCUGAAUCAUUUGAUGAAAAGUCUAGUAAGAAAAUGGUGAUAAACGAAGAUUUGGAUUUAAAUAAGUUAGACCAAUCUGAAAAGUUGGAAUUAUUAACUUCCUCAUUUCCUGAGUUUAUACCCUUAUUGAAAGAAUUGAACACUCACAAAUCAAAGUUAGAGGAAUUCGGUGAAUCCCAAGUAGAUGAGUUGAAAAAAGUUGCGUUAACAGCCUAUUUGAGUGCUAUAUCAUCAUACUUUUCCAUUUUUGUUGAUCAAAUCAAAAAUAAUGAACCAUUCUCAAGCAUGAAAGAACAUCCUGUUAUGGAAACUAUCCUCACAACCAGACAAAUCUGGAAAGAAACAGAAAUCUUAGAAUCAGAUGAUUUGGAAGGUGAAGAAGAAGAAUUUGUUGACGCUGAACAAGAAUUAAGUGAAGUCGAGCAUGAUAUGGAAGAAGUUUCAGACGAAGAGAGUCUUGAAGGACAAGGAGAUUCAGACAUCUCAGAGAUUUCAGAAAUUGAAGAUGAAGAAGAUGCAGAAGAUAUCAAUAUCGACAUCAAUGCUAAGCGUACCAUCAAACAAGUUAAACCAAUCUCCAAUGAUUUUAGUGAACCUACUGUUAUGGAUGACAUUGAUGAAGAAGAAAAACAAAAGAAGAAGAAAUCCUUACGUUUCUAUACCGCUAAAAUUGAUAAAUCAGCCCUUAAGAAUGACGAAAAGUUCUCUGGUGAUUUAGAUUUACCAUAUAAAGAAAGAUUAUUCGAAAGAAAACAAAGAUUAAUCGAAGAAGCCAGAAAGAGAGGUUUACAAUCAGAUAGUGCCAAUGACUUGGAUGGUGAAGAUUUCGAUGAAGAAGAUAAUAAAUUAGUUAACGAAGUAAAUGACAAUGAAUAUUAUAAUAUGAUCAAAAAUUCAAAGAAAGCUAGUAAAGAAGAUAGAAAAUUAGCCCAUAAACAAGCUGUAAAAUUGGCCAAAGAAGGGAAAUUACUCGAAAAUCAAGAAUCAUUAGGUGAAGGAGGUAAGAGAGCAUUGAAUUUCCAAAUAAUGAAGAAUAAAGGUUUGACAGCCAAGAGAAAUAAGGAAGUCAGAAACGCCAGAGUUAAGAAGAGAAAGAAAUUCGAAAAAGCUCAAAAGAAAUUGAAGAGUGUCAAACAAGUCCAUGAAAGUAAUAAAGGUCCUUAUGAAGGGGAAAAGACUGGUAUUAAGAAGGGAUUAUCAAGAUCUGUCAAAUUGGCGUAA